AUCGAGCCAAUUAGAAACAAAACGGAAAAGCCAAUCUCGCUCCUGCUUCGCGCAGUCUCCAGAAGACAGGGCCAUGGAGCUGGCAGCGGGCCAGGCAGAGUCAAAGGGUCUGGGCGAAAGCGGAGGGUCUGCAAGGAAAUCGAAGCAUCCCAACAGCCUCUACCGAAAGUCCAUCAAGCCACUGAUCGAAAAACGCCGCAGGGCCCGCAUUAAUGCAAGCCUGGAGCAGCUGCGGAAGCUCCUUCAGCAGCUCCCUGAUCAACAGGUAAGUGGAGAGUUCAGUCUUUUCAGAAACAACCUACCCAUGUGGCCAAAACUUAACUCUGUUUCUUAGAUUUGAGAGGCGCUGGUAUUUGCAAGAGCAACACCCUCCUCUCUGCACAAUCCAAAAGUUUAGCCACAAUCGUCUG